UGUACUUGCGCGAAUAGACUUCAUUCCACUUAAAUCAUUUGAAAAUGGCGUGCAUCAACAAGUGCCCAUAUUGCAACAUGGCCAUUAAAGUCAAUUUUAAAAAGGCCAAUAUUCGGCCGAUACAUCCGGGCUAUCUGGCUGCUCCGGCCCAGCAACCGGGUCAUUAUCCGGGAUACUCAGGCCCACCGGCCCAGCAACAGGUCUACCCAGCCCAGCAACAGGUCUACCCAGCCCAGCAACAGGUCUACCCAGCCCAGCAACAAGGCUACCCGGCCCAGCAACAGGGCUUCCCGGCCCAGCAACAGGGCUUCCCGGCCCAACAACCCGGCUAUCCGGCCCAGCAACCUGGCUAUCAGGCCCAGCAACCCAGCUAUCCGGCCCAACAACCCGGCUAUCCGGCCCAGCAACCCAGCUAUCCGGCCCAGCAACCCGGCUAUCCGGCCCAGCAACAGGGCUACUCAGCAGCCCAGCCGGCAGCCCCACCACCAGCACCUGUAACAGCACCUGUAACAGCCCCAGCAACACCUGUAACAGCCCCAGCAACACCUGUAACAGCCCCAGCAACAGCCCCAGCAAACCCACCGACAGCAACAUCAAAACCCAACGAAAGCUAAAUACACAUGUUUCGUUUUUUUUUCUUUAUAUAUAUGUUUGAAUUGUUUUUAUGUUGUUUUUUUAGAUAUGAAGUUUAAAUAUAAUUUGUGUUUUUUUCAAUA